AUGUUUAAUCAAAAUGACGCCGAAAAGAAGUUGGAUUGGAUGUAUAAAGGUGCUAAUAGUCUGGUGGAUCGCGAGGAAUAUUUACUAGGGCGUACAGUUGAUAAGUCAUUGGAACAAUUGAAUGCUGAAGAGAAACAAAAGCAGUUGGGUACAGCUGCUCCUCAAAAUCAUGUGGAACAUGAGUGUAUUCCGCCGUCGAUUCGUGAUUAUAAACUACAACAACAAUUGGCUGAACAGGUUGAUCUACAAGCUAAGUUACAGGAAGAUCCACUUCUGACAAUCAAGAAAAAAGAAGAGGAAACUAGAAGGCAGUUUUUGCAGAAUCCUGUGCAGUUGAAAAAAUUACAGAAAGCAUUGAGUAAACAGGAGAAAGUCCAAAAGAAGAAGAAGGAAUAUCUGGAUGAGAUUCUCAUUCAGAAGUUGAAAUUAUUACAACAGAAUAAUGAUGAUUUGGAUGACAAUGUAAUUGAUAAAAAAGCUAAAAAGGAAAAAGAUUUAGACAUUAUAUUGAUGCAUAAGUUUAAUGCUUUGAAGAGUAAGUUAACUGAAGAAGAUUUAAGGGAUAUUAUGGAUGGUAAAUUGACUGAUUCUGAUAGUGAUGAAUCAAGUGAUGAAGAUGAUUCUGAUGAACAUGUUAGAAACAAAAAGAAAAUUAAAGAAAAUAAAAUCAGAAAUGAGAAGAAAGUCAAGAAAAAGAAGAAGAAAACAAAGAAAGAAUCUUCUUCUGAUUCUUCAAGUAGCAGCAGUUCUGAAGAGGAUAAGAAACACAAAAAGAAGAAGAAGAAUAAAAAGAAAAGGAAAAAGGAAUCUGAUUCAGAAUCAGAUAGUAGUGAUUCCGAUUCUUCUUCUGAUUCAGAUGAUAAAAGAAAGAAUAAAUAUAAAAACAAAAAGAAAAGUGAAAAGAAAAAGAUGAAACAUAGAAGAAAUCAUUCUGAAUCAGAUUCAGAUUCUGAUAGCAGUUCAGAAGAUGAUAAAAGAAAGAAGAAAUCAACAAGUAAAAGACAUGAUGCUAAAAAUAACAGUAGACAACGUUCAAGAUCUCCAAGAAGAAGUCAAAAAGAUAAAAAUAAAAAGAACUACGACUCAGAUAAUGACAAUAAACAUGCUCACAGGAAACGUGAAGAACAAAACCGUUCAAAAUCAAGAAAAGACGAUGACAGAAAAGAAAAACAUCGUAGGGAUAAAGAAAAUGAGUCCCGCUCUAGAAAUAGUCGAAUUAAGGCCAAUUUGAAUAACAUUCAGAGGGGUAAGAGUGAUAUGAAUUCACAUUUUUCAAGGCGCUAUUAGUUUCAGUCACAAGAAAAGUUUUAUAAGCUUAGUGUUAAGUUUUCUAAGACUGAACUAUGGUUCUUGUAAAUAAAUUUGCAAAAAAUUGCUUAAUUUUACAGAAUAAAGUAUAAAAAUUAGAUUAUGAUUGAUAUAUCAAUAGUAAUUGAUAUAAAUUAGUUUCCUGUGAACUAAUUGUAUUCUAUUUGGUUCAGAAUUAAGUUCUGCGUUUAGUUUUGUAAAGAUUUGAUUGUACAUAAUGUUUGACAUCAUAAAAUCUAACAAAUUUGACUAAAAAAAACUAUUUUCAAUUAAAUCUUCACAAAUUUAAUCACUGAACUUAAUUUUCAAUACAAUUUAUAUAAAAUCAUAA